AGCACAUUUUUUAAAGUUGUUAUUGAAGCUUCCAAAGUCCAUACUAGAAGACAUGGCCACAAAACUUGCAGUCAAUUUUGGUGAUGUUACCGAAGCUUAUCGGCGUAUAUCUAACUUUAUUCACAAGACACCGAUUUUUACAAACAAUAAAAUAAAUGAGUUAACAGGAAGAAAUAUAUAUUUCAAAGCUGAAAAUCUUCAGAAAACUGGUUCUUUCAAAGCCAGAGGUGCCAUAAAUUCCAUUUUAAAGUUGAAAGUGGAGAAUUCAUCUGUAGCAGGCGUGGUAACUCAUAGUAGUGGUAAUCAUGGACAAGCUACAGCCUGGGCAUCCAAGUCUACAGGAUUUUCAUGCAGCAUCGUUGUACCCAAAUAUUCUCCAGCAGUCAAGAUGGCUGCCAUAAAAGAAUAUGGUGCUGAAUUGAUACAAUGUGGACCCUUACCCACUGACAGAAUGGCUGCAUGUGAAAAAGUUGCACGAGAAAAAAAUUAUGAGAUCAUUCCGCCAUUUGAUCAUAAUGAUGUCAUAGCUGGUCAGGGAACAAUAGCCGUGGAAUUUCUAGAACAGGUGCCAGAUUUAGAUGCCAUUUUAGUUCCAAUAAGUGGUGGGGGAAUGCUAUCAGGAAUAGCUAUAGCUGCUAAACAUAUAAAACCUGGAAUUAAAGUAUUUGCUGUUGAACCAGAGGGUAAGAUAUUGGAGAAAUGUCUGACGUCUGGGGAAAGACUGUGGCCAAAUCCACCUCAAUAUCUCGACACCAUAGCUGAUGGUAUUAGGCUACAACAAGUCGGCCAUCUUACAUGGCCUAUUUUAUUGGAACUUGUGGAGAAGGAAGUAUUUACAGUGAAUAAUGAAGAAAUAAAAGCUGCUAUGAAAUUUGUUUUUCAAAGAUUGAAGUUGGUUGUGGAAGCAGCCAGUGGAGCAGGUGUAGCCGCUGUUUUCUCGGAUCGGUUUAAAACAUUAGACAGUUCCAUUAAAAAUAUUGGGGUAAUAUUGUGUGGGGGGAAUGUGGAUAUUGAUCAUUUACCUUGGUAUUAAUACAUGUAUACUCAUAGUCAAUGGGGAGAGAGAAUUACUAGUCUGAAUCCGUAUGGAUUUACAAAUUAACUCCCUUUAUAUUGAUGCACUGAAUCAUAUGUACUGAUUCAGCUAUUUUAUAUUACCUCCAAAUUAUCAGCCAAUGAUUGCAAUUAUUAUACAAAAAUUUGUUGGUUCUAUUGAUUAAACAUUACAUGCCAAUUAAAAAUUCAACCAUAGCUAAUCUUGUAAGUUGCAUGUGCUAUAUUAAGUUAAGAAAAAAAAUUAUUUAUCUUAAUGAGACUUUGUUACACUUUUGAUUUGAUAUUUGGGGUAAAAUUAAUUAUUGACAAUUAAAGCAUGUUAUGCAGGUCUUUUUUCAACAUUGAAUUAUUAUUAUUAUCAUGUGCAAUGUUCCGUUUGGAAUGAUCAAUAGCAUGGCACAUAGAUACAUAAGUCUUCUGAUUAUAUAGCAAACCCAGGAAGUUUCCCACAACUUAUUUUUAUUGAGCAUAAACAAUACCAUUCAUUGUUAUUGUGAAUAAAAAAACACAUCUAUUUGAAUUGUGACUAAAAAAAACACAUCUAUUUGAAUUGUGACUAAAGAAUACCAUUCAUUGUUAUUGUGUCUAAAGAACACCACUCAUUGUUAUUGUUCAUAAGCAAUACCAGUCAUUGUUAUUGUGCAUAAAGAAUAUCAUUCAUUGUUAUUGUGAAUAAAAAAUACAACUAUGUUAUUGUGCAUAAAGAAAACAAUUCAUUGUUAUUGUGCAUAAAGAGUACCAUUCAUUGUUAUUGUUCAUAAGGAAUACCACUCAUUGUUAUUUGUUUAUAAGGAAUACCAUUCAUUGCUAUUGUGAAUAAAAACUACAACUAUU